AUGUCGACCAACAAACAAACAGGCACUGCAAAGCCAGUUGCCAAAGAGGCCAUCGAAGGGCCGGUCGACAAAGAGGCCGUCCGUAAGAAAAUCAACGAGAUGAACGAGAACAUAGCCCAACUCUAUGCUAUGAGUGACAAGCUUGACGAGGGCAUCGCCGAGAGUGCAAGAUUGCUCAAAAAUCUCCAGAAGAAGCGCAAGAAGCACCAACUUUCGGCGCAGCAAAACGCCCCCGGGCCCCUGGUCGUUCAUCACCCCGGACAACUCGCAAUGCACCCGCAGCUGCCUCAGAUCCCAUCUCAAAAUCAGAAUGCAAACACAAUGAUACCACUCUGGACACCGCCGCUUCUGGACUACAUGGGCAACGUCGGAGGAUCGGGGUUGUUUGGUUUUAGCUAG